AGGCAUUCCACCUCAGGGGUUUGGUUCUUAAGUCCUGGCACCUUCCCAGAAAGCUGUUAGGGGGCAGCAUAGUUUGAAGCCAUGGGAGUCCUCCGGUGGUGUCGCUUGGGGUUACACUUUGUCCCUUGUGCUGUUUAGCAUCCUUACGAAGCCACUGACAGCUGUCCUCAGGGGUUUUGGACAGAGGUCUCAUCUGUGGUAGAAAUAAACCUGUUGGGAAAUAAACUUCCACUUUGUUCACGUUACUGAGAUCUCCUGCAAGAAUUAGGGAGAAGGGGCCACAAUGGGGCCAUUCAUUGUUUUUCUUUUCACCAGGUAUGAGGAAAGAGAGAGUCCAGAGAAGCCACUGGCUUUCCCUCCAGAGCUAAGGAACAGGAUCUUGGAAUCCUGUGAUCUAAAUCACCUUGUGGAGAAUACAAUGAAACAAUGGAAAGAUUUAUUUCAGGUGGAAGAGUAUUGCCCUUACACUUUAUAUCUUUCUGCUUCCUCAGAUGCUCUGCUCUUCAGUGAACAGAUUCAGAAAGCAAAUGUCACUCUGGAUCCAGACACAGCCCAUCCCAAACUCAUCCUGUCCGAGGAUCGGAAAAGCGUGAGAAGGGGAGACAAACCUCAAGCCCUGCCUGACAAUCCUGAGAGAUUCAGUGACUGGCCUUGUGUGUUGGGACGUGAGGGAUUCACAGCAGGCAGCCAUUUCUGGGAAGUCACUGUGGAAAGUGGGGAAGAUUGGGUUUUGGGGGUCGCCAGGAAGUCUGUGGAGAGAAAGGGGUACUUCUCCUUUAGACCUGAGUGGGGGAUCUGGGCUGUGGAGAAGUGGGAAAGCGAGUACUUUGCCUGCACCUCCCCUGAUGACACUCCUCUGUCCCUGUUUUGGGAGCCCAGGAGGAUCCGGGUGACUCUGGACUAUGAAGGGGGACGUGUGUCUUUUUCUGACGCUGACUCAGGAGCCGAACUCUACACGUUCUCAGGAGCCUCGUUCUCUGGAGAGACCCUCCUCCCUUUCUUUGAUCUGGAGGGAAAUUAUAAAACCCAGCUCAGUAUCUCCUGAGGGGACUAAAUCUGCCUCUCAGGCCCAGCAGGAGUUUCUCUCCAGACCAGAGUGACUGACAUAAAAACCAUUCACCCGCCAAGAGCCCUUUGGGCAGUUUUCCAAGGGCCCUUUGAGAGGAUUCAUUCCAGUCAAAAUCAGCAAAAAUAACAGAACAAAAAUGGGUUACUCUUCCUUUGCAUUUUCUUUCCUUUUCCCAGAAUUCCCUCUGCAGCUUACUUCAUAAAGAGACAGUCACACUUUUAGAAGUCCUAAUAAAUUUUCUCACCUUCAA